GGAAACACAACGUUUCGACCCCGAAAGAGCGGUGCACAUGGAAAAACACCGGGGACUCGAGUUGAUGAAUGAAUUAAAUUCAGAUGGAUUAUUGGAAUCAUAUUCAUCUCUAAAUUGGAUAUAAUAAGCGCUUUACUGAGCCUACCAUGCUGAAGUGGUGAGACUGGGUGGUCACAGUGAUAUGGUAAUGUAAAGUGAAUGACGCAGGACACUGACAGUACUGGCUACAACAACAAGACACAGCAGUGGUUUGCCUGUGAUGAGUGGCGACGACACUGGUUUGGGGGCCCCUGGCCCGCUAGCAGGGUAUUGGGAAAAAAUCCAGGAACGCUCAGCUUUGUUGGAGACGUGUCCAUGGUGUGCUGCUAAAGGACAGUGUCUGGCCCUGCGCUCCUACAGGAUCAACUCCCAGGAAUUCAUCACUCUCUGCACUGACCCACAGUGCCUGUUUCCCUUGGUCUCUCGUCCUUUGGAGGAUGUCCUGGCCAGCCUGGUACCCCCUCUACACCAAACUCAGACAGGGAGCAAGAGGAAGAGCCCCUGCGGAUUGGAGAACGGAGACCCUGCACCUUCCCCCAAACAUGCACGAUCGGUGGAGUCCGAAGUGGCCGAGGACGCCGUAUCACAGAGUGCAGCUCUAUCAGUCAGCGGCAUCACCAACAAACUCAAUGGGGAAGAAGAGCGCUUUAAUGGGAAGAAGGAGAGAAUCCGCCAAUCAGAACACACCAACAUGGACGUGGUGAAUAAAACCCUCAAACACACACUUCCUGAGACUGAGAGGGGAGGGGCCAACGCAUAUCACGCGGAUUCUGGUUGGUUGAUGCCAGAAGAAAUGGACCAGGAACUCCUAGAAGAGGAACAAGAUGGUGUCUUUCGCCCAGAGGACGGUACACCAACUUUAGACGAGGGUUUUCCUCUCCAAAAUAAGACUUUACCAGUCUUACAGGUGUCCGUUUCUGCUGUAGAGUCUGCUGUAGAGUCUGCUGUAGAGUCUGCUGUAGAGUCUGCUGUAGAGUCUGCUGUAGAGUCUGCUGUAGAGUCUGCUGUAGAGUCUGCUGUAGAGUCUGCUGUAGAGUCUGCUGUAGAGUCUGCUGUAGAGUCUGCUGUAGAGUCUGCUGUAGAGUCUGCUGUAGAGUCUGCUGUAGAGUCUGCUGUAGAGUCUGCUGUAGAGUCUGCUGUAGAGUCUGCUGUAGAGUCUGCUGUAGAGUCUGCUGUAGAGUCUGCUGUAGAGUCUGCUGUAGAGUCUGCUGUAGAGUCUGAAGGUGCACAAAAGGAGGUUCUCUCUACUAUACAGGAGGCUGUAUUUGCCCGAGAAAAUACUUUUUCUGCCCCGCAAGUAGCCAUUUCUCUCCCAGAGAAGAUUUCACGUCCCUUACAUGUGGCCGUUUCUGCCUCAACGUCUGCCCCAGAGAAACCCGUGGCCAAGGCUGCCUUAGUGGAGGUUGUCCCUACCUUCGAGGACACAGUGUCUCUUUUAGAGGCUCUGACGGCCCCAGGGGAAGUUACACAAUCACGUCAGAAGGUUCACCCUCCCUUACAAAGGACUGUCAAGGUUGUGUCUGCGCCAGAGGAGGUUGUGCCUGCGCCAGAGGAGGUUGUGCCUGCGCCAGAGGAGAUUGUGCCUGCGCCAGAGGAGGUUGUGCCUGCGCCAGAGGAGGUUGUGCCUGCGCCAGAGGAGGUUGUGCCUGCGCCAGAGGAGGUUGUGCCUGCGCCAGAGGAGGUUGUGCCUGCGCCAGAGGAGGUUGUGCCUGCGCCAGAGGAGGUUGUGCCUGCGCCAGAGGAGGUUGUGCCUGCGCCAGAGGAGGUUGUGCCUGCGCCAGAGGAGGUUGUGCCUGCGCCAGAGGAGGUUGUGCCUGCGCCAGAGGAGGUUGUGCCUGCGCCAGAGGAGGUUGUGCCUGCGCCAGAGGAGGUUGUGCCUGCGCCAGAGGAGGUUGUGCCUGCGCCAGAGGAGGUUGUGCCUGCGCCAGAGGAGGUUGUGCCUGCGCCAGAGGAGGUUGUGCCUGCGCCAGAGGAGCUUGCCAUGGCUCCACCUGCCAUGGAAGCUGUCCUGGUGUUGCAGGAUGCUCUGUCUGUCUUAGAGAAUGCUUCACCUGGCAUAAAGGAGGGUCUCUCUGUCUUAAAGAAAGAUGAGGAAGAGGAGUGUUUAAUCGAGGAGGAAGACGUGGCUAUACUUGUGGCUUUGGAUGAUGUCCCUGCCUCAGAAGAGGUUGAGAAGGCUCUACCUGCUUUAGAGAAAGAUGAGGAGGAGGUGGCUACACCUGCCUUGAUGGAUAAUGAGUGCGGAGAGGAUGAUCUGUCUGUCUUUGACGAGGAAGUUGGCUCCCCAGAGGUGAUGUGUAGGCCCUGUAGUGUGGACCUCAGUCAGAGCAAAGUGCCUGUUGAAGUUCAUGAUGAUGAUGAUGGUCCUAUCAAAGCUAGAAGAAGAGCUCAGAACACCCGGCAACUAAUCAGUAGCGAUGACGAGAUGACCGGCGAAGCCAUGGAAACAGAAUGGGAAGGAAGCGUCACUGAGGAAGUGGAAGUCGUGCCAUCACCGCCAAAAAAGAAAAUGGGCCGGCCGAGAAAGACUCCUAUUAUUAAAUACACGCAUGUAGUGGUGCCCAACUUUGACCCGGAAGUGAUCUCGACUGAGGAGUUGGUUCCGGUUCCCGGGCCUCACCUAUUCUGGAGGAAUGAGCAUAGUCUGUGUUGGCUGGACACCUUGCUGGUAGCGCUGGUCCACCUUCACACCCUGAGGGACAGACGGCCCACCAAGAGGCCCACUGUAGGUCAACCUGUCUGGGACCUGUGUGAGAGUUACAACCGGGCCUGUGGGCUCAUCACAGCCUACCAACACACUGGCACAGACGGUGUUCUCAGAGUGCCCUCUGCGGUGUUACAGAGGGUUCAAACUGAGAUGCAAGCCAUCAGGAUGUCUAUCUUUAGACUGCUGGAGCCGCUACUGAAAUGUAAACUGGGUCAGAAUGAGACACCUGUGUUUGCCCUGCCCCUCCUCCUCAGGGCUGACUCCUGGGCAGAACCUCUCUUCCAGCAAGCUUAUGAGUGGCAGUUUGAGUGUAUCUCAACAAAUUGUCAACAUGCCACCAACACCAAAUGUAAGAAGACCCUCACCACUUUCACCAAGGUGCUUUCUGAUUGGCACCCUCUCAACGCAGCCCACCAAUCACGUUGCAGCAAGUGUAAUAAGAGGAAGCAGACCAGGAUGUUGGUGCUGGAGAGGGUGUCUCCUGUGUUUGUCCUGCACUUUGUAGAAGGUCUUCCUGACAACGACCUCUGCGUGUACUCCUUCACCUUCCAGCAGCAGGAAUAUUCCGUCACCACAGUCAUACAGUAUGACCAGCAACUCAAGCACUUUGUCACCUGGAUACACAGAACUGACGGAUCGUGGUUGGAGUUUGACGAUCUGAAGCACCCUAACUGUGUCUCCCACACCCAGCUGGUGGUCCCUCCUAGAGAAAUCCAUGUUGUCUUCUGGGAGUUGAAGACCGACAGACCGGACAACCCACAGACACCCUGCUCUUCCCCUGUAUCCCUGACAAGCACUUUACUGAUACACAAAGAACUGCAGCAACCUCCCUUAGCCAAACUCUUUGUCAACAAUGAAUCUGAAGACAUGUCUCAGACGGUCUCUGAUGAUGCGGACGAUGACAUGGACACCACCAUCACUGCUGGCUAUAUUGCUAACGAUAUGGACGCAACAUUAACGAAUAACGUUAACUCUCCCAUCGCCAUCGGUUCCACCAGUGUGCUUCAUGGCGUACCGGUUCAAUCCUGUUACCACAACCUCUCUCUCCCCCUCCUUCACAACGACACGGCCGUUGUCGAGGCACUGACUGUGUCUGACGAUACCGACAACGACAUCAUGGACGCCACGGUAACCACCGGUAAAGCUGGUAACUCGUCUAUCAGUAGCACCACACUGCUUGACACCUUCGAGGGCCUCUCCCACGAUGACGUUGUCACCCUGACGCUCGUAGAGGUCAAAGUUGGCUCUGAUGGGAGGCCGUUGGACGACAACGAUGUCUCCCUGGCUCCCAGGCAAAAUGGAGACCUCUGUCCUCCUCUACCUGCUCCUACACCUGAGGCUGAGAACCCUGCAUCUGCCCAUGAAAUGCCCCCUGAAGGUGAAACGCCCCCUGAAACAGAUGUUGUCGUCAUCAAAAGGCCAUCGUCCCCUGAUACUGCCAGUGGGUUUCUCCAUGACAGCAGUGACGGUCCUUCUGAGCCCGACUUUGAAAAGCCCACUCCUCCUAGUCCUCCCAGGCUCAGAAGGGGCAGAAGCACCAGCAAUAAAGCCAAAAUGAUGGCAUCCAACACUCCAGUUGCACCAGCAGCUAAGGUGGUCGCAACAACACCACCAAGAACAGCUACACCAAUGGCACUUCCUGGAAAGUGUGGUGGAAUAAUCCUGCCCUCAGUUGUAUCUAUGAUGUCACCGUCAUAUGUGGAACCCAGCACCCCAGCACCAGAGGCCCCUACUCCUCCUUCUCCCCCGCCCCACUCCAAACCCGCUACUACCUCCACCUCUCUGCAGAGCAAACCCGGCCUCCCUCCACCCCCGGACCCCAACUCUCGCUGGUCCUACCUGCUUAGCCUCCACCCCACCUCCAUCCCCAAUCCCCCAAGACCAACCAGUCACUUCAAACACUCAACACCCAACCGGUUCCAGCAGCUUUCACAUAGCUGGCAGACCCCAAAGAUGGCUCCCCCCAACCCAGACGACAGGUUGAAGAAGCCUCCGCCUCUACCCAAACCCAAACUAAGUAAGGUGGACAACGAGGCCCUGCCGGUGAAGGCUGCCGAGAUGUACGGAGGGUUCCAGGCCAGAAGCAGGAUCGUAAAUAUAAACAUGAACAGCCCCUCCAAGACUUCAUCACCCACCCAGCUUCUCUCUCAAAGAACUGACCAUCAAAAUGGAAGAAUACCAAGUCAACCUCCUGCCCUCGUCUCGCAAAAACCCCUUAUCAACCACACCACUUCAGCAGUGCCUAUUGUGACCUCACUUCCUCCCUCUCCAGGAGUCACGGAGAUCCCUAACAUCUCUUCCUCCAGGAAACACAGCCCCGGGGGUCAGGUCAGUGAGACCGAUGCCCUCAGGUACAAGCUGCUGAAGAAGCUGAAAGCCAAGAAGAAGAAACUAGAGAAGCUGAAUCAGAUGCUGGGUUACCGGGGGGGUGCGGGAGGACGGGGGGAAGUAACCUGCACAACAGACAUUACUGAUCGGAGUCCCUCCCACACCGUGAGCUCUAGUACCUCUGUCUACGACAGCCCCGCAUACGACCAGUUCUUUGCUGACCUUCUGUCGCCGGCGACGACCGCCAGCAACCUGUCGCCGGCAACGACCGCCAGCAACCUAUCGCCGGACAGCACGGGUUUGCUGGAGAUGCUGACCACCAAUGGGCAAGAAGGGGGCGGGGACUUGGCGUGUGGGGGAAAUGGUAUUAGUGGAGCCUCACAGGUGGUGACACCUGUGAUCUUGCAUCCGGCCAAUCACGGUGUAGUAGUGCCACAGCCCGGUCUAGCCGAGCCAAUCCCGACCUCUGGUGAGUACUUCCUGGAAGAGUUCAUAUCCGGGUCGGCCAAUCAGCAGACGGAGAUGGAGACUGAUACCCUUAGUGCUCUCGACCUGUUCUUUUAGGCACGUUAACUACAGGUCUAGGAUCUGCUAACAACUCUUCCCCAACCCCUAAGCUUAAACGUUGGGGGGAAAUGCAAAGCUUACCUCAGAUCAGUGGCUAAGGCUACGUCUCAAAAGGCAUGCUAAUCCCUAUAUAGAGCCUCUGGUCAAAAGUAGCACCAUAGAGAUCCUAUUAAAUUAAACGAUUCUAAUGCCUAAUUAUAUGAGUAGUGCACUAUAAAGGGAGUAGUGUGCCAUUUUGGAUGCAUUCAGACAGUUUCUAGGAUAAACUGCAUGCUACUAUUCCUUUCAGUCGGGAGAGUGUGUGUGUGGCAUCAAUGGGUUGUUCUGUUCUGGGUAACAUGUGUUACAUGAAGCGGAAUCAAACUGCCAUUUUAAAGAGAGAGUUCACCUAAAUUAAAAAGUGACAUAUUGGUUUUCUUACCCUGGAAGCAGUCAAUGGACAAGGUACGAUGGCGAUCCCAUGCUUUGGUUUAGUUUCCCUGGCAUUGUCUCCACUAACGUUUGUGACACAAAUCCCAUUCAAGUCAUGGGACCGGUGUAUUCUCUUCUACACAUCCUGUUCAUAUCAUAUUUAAGUGACUUUGUUUAGAUUCACAAUGAAUUUUAGAUCAUUUUGGAUGGUUAUAUAUAUAUAUAUAUAUGCCAUUUAGCAGACGCUUUUAUCCAAAGCGACUUACAGUCAUGUGUGCAUACAUUCUAUGUAUGGGUGGUCCUGGGGAUCGAACCCACUACCCUGGCGUUACAAGCGCCAUGCUCUACCAACUGAGCUACAGAAGGACCACAACAGAUGUUUGGUUAGGACAGGAUGCAUGAAAAAUGCUAAUAUCGGUCACUUGGAUGGGAUUUCUGAUACAAAUACUAAAACGUUAGCAUAUGGAAACAAUGCCAGGGAAACUUAACCAAAGCAUGGAUUGCUGUCAUCCAUAGACCUGCUUACAGGGUAAGGAAACCAAUGCAUCAUUUUGUCAUUUGGGUGAACUGUCCCUGUACCUCUGGUAAGCACUUGGAUAUCGCUCAUGGUUUUUUUCUGUGGUUUAUCAAGAAUGUUGAAGUUGAACAUGGAGUAAUGUUAAUAUUCACUGAGGGUUUGUCCUAAAUGGCACCCUAUUCCCUACAUAGUGUCCUGCUUUUUGACUCAGGGUCUAUAGGGAUCUGAUCAAAAGUAGUGUACUUUUUUUAAAGGGAAUAAGGUGCCCAUUUGUGAUGGAGCCAUUGUACUUACAGGUUCUGAGGCUUUAAGGGAGAUUAAAAAUGGAGGUUGUUUCAGAGUAUUCUGGAACGUUAAUAGACCCAAUUAUUUGAUCCUGCUUUGUGGAAAAAACUCCUGAAGACAACAUAUGCUGUUUUUGUUUGCUUUUUUAAAAUGUUUAGUUUGUCUGAAUUACUUGAAAACUAGGGGGAAAAACCUGACAUCUAGGAUAAAAAAUAUGUUUGUGUUUUAAAGGGUGGUUCGAACUCUUAUCUUUUGAAUGUAUUUUUUGUAAUAAAAAACUGAGACAGAGUUCUAAAAUGUUGUACUGAAUCAGAUACUGUAUGUAAUUCUAAUAAAAUAUUAUUUACAUGGAUA